AUGUCCCCAAUAUUCCUAUUACUUUGGAUAAUUGCAUCAAACAAAAUAUUUGUAGCAUGUCGUAUUUCCGAAUCAAAAAGCAACGUUACAUAUAUUGCCACCAAGGCAUCAAAACGCCAAAGUAAAUUUUUAUUUGACUCUAUAUUUCGGAUUGGUUCUGGUAUUUCCAAUGUAUUUGGCGACGAAACAUCGGAGGAUGAAGAUUAUGAAGACGUUUAUAUUGAAAAGUGCGAUUGCGAUUGUGGGUUUUCGAACGAAGAAAUACGCAUUGUGGGUGGGAGACCAACUGGAAUUAAUCAGUACCCGUGGAUGGCUCGAAUUGUAUACGAUGGAAAAUUUCAUUGCGGUGGUUCACUUUUGACAAAGGAUUACAUAUUAACUGCUGCUCAUUGCGUAAAAAAACUUCGUAAAUCUAAAAUUCGUAUAAUAUUUGGUGACCAUGAUCAAAAAAUAACAUCUGAAUCAAACGCAAUUCAGAGAGCUGUAACAAGUAUAAUAAAACAUAGAAAUUUUAAUCCGGAGACGUACAAUUAUGAUAUAGCUUUGUUAAAAUUACGAAAACCGAUUGUAUUUUCGAAAAUAAUAAAACCUAUAUGUUUACCUCGUUUUAACUACGACCCCUCAGGUCGUAUAGGCACGGUUGUUGGUUGGGGAAGAACUUCAGAAGGAGGAGAGUUGCCAGCAAUUAUUAAUCAGGUCAAAGUUCCAAUAAUGUCGAUAAUGGAAUGCAGGAAUCAAAAAUAUAAAAGCACCAGAAUUACAUCUACCAUGCUUUGUGCCGGUAGACCGAAUAUGGAUUCCUGUCAAGGUGACAGUGGAGGACCACUGAUACUUUCUAAUGGAGUUAAAUAUUUCAUAGUCGGAAUUGUUUCUUGGGGUGUUGGCUGUGGUAGAGAAGGAUAUCCCGGCGUAUAUACAAGAGUUAGUAAAUUUAUACCAUGGAUUAAAUCAAAUUUAAAAAAUACGUGCUUAUGUUCUUGA